GUUUCUAAGUGUUCUUUUCUUUUUUUUGACCAAUAAACAUUACAUAUUCAUUCGAUUUAUGCAAAUAAAGAACUACUCGCCGCGAAUGACUGAAUGUCCCUCCUCAAUCCUCGCAUGUUUCGUCGGUCCUUUAACUACUUUGCUUAUUCUAUUUAUACACAAACUCACUAACACACCAAACACACAUAUCUCAACAACUGAAAUCUCUCUCAGUCUCUCCUCUUUUUUUCUCUCUUCUCUGAUGGCUUCAUUUGCUGUAAAGACAACUUUUUGUUUCCUUGUUGCUGUUUUUUGCUUCAUUGGAAACAAUGUUGAAGGUAGAGAAGGUAAGCUCUUCUUUAGCAAGUUCACUCACUUAGAUCACCCUAAUAACAAAGAAGUAUCUCUAGCCCCAGCUCCCGCUCCGGGCCCAGCACAAGCCAAUGGAAGACUCGGUGGCGGGCCUUUCGGGCCAGGUUCCGGUAUGAUUCCUCAAACCAAAGAGUCAUGGCCAGUUUCAACAACGACCACAGACCAAGAGUUCGAGAAAUUGAUGGCUACAUUUGACCAAGAAAAGAGCAACAACCAAUUACCUGAGGAGUUUGAAGAGGAAGAAGAGUCCCAAGAAGAUCUUAGUGAGCAAAAGGACAAAUACAACAAUAAUAAUGAAUACAGUUACACUACCAAUAAUUAUAAUGGUAAUAGGAGAGGUUACGGUAAUGAAGAAGAGAGACAAGGUAUGAGUGAUACAAGGUUCAUGGAGAACGGUAAGUACUUCUACGACACAAGAGGUAGGAGUUCCGAAUAUACUCCUAGUCGCAGGUACGAGAGUGCUCGAGGAAAUGAUCAUCCCAACGAGUUUGAAACUAUGGAGGAAUACUACAAGAGCUUGGAAGGUAGUAAAGAGGAGUUUGAGCCUUGAAAAGAAAAUAAACUUUUUAUUUGAGAUACCAAAGAAGUUUUUGAGUAAGUGUGAAAUCUCAAUUUACUUUUCUUUUAUGAGAUGUGAAACCUACCAAUCACUUUAAAGUUAUACAAUAUCAAAAGUUGUGAGUUAUGUUUAGUAUAUUUAUUUAUUUUCGGUACCCGUCAAUAUCCUUAAUCCAAAAAACUGC